AUGCAAGCUAACAAAUCGAGGGAGCUUCUAGAAAAGGAAGUCUCAAGCAAUCAAGUUGCCCUCGAUGACAUGGAUGAUACAGAUCUCCAGAAGUUGUGGGACCAAGCCGGGGUAAAAGAUUUCUUCGACAAGACAGGCAUCAGCCUCAAAGACAGGAAUGGCCAGGAGAAGGCCGAAAACGGGUUCCAAGCUCAUGUCAGCGCCGCGGUGAACCAAAUUCUUGGGGGUGGAUCAGAUAAAGAUGCUGUCGCCGAUCUAGAAGGGCACCAUAAUACCCAUACUCAAGGGGUGCUUCGUGUGAUCUGGAAACUCCACGCGUUCCUCGAGGCCAUGGCCUCGAGUAUUCCCUUUGCGGGGGCUGGCGUUACACUGGUGGUGCAAUGCAUUGAGCUACUCAUCGAAACCACUGAGAAAUACCGCCAGAUAUUCGACGGCGCGGCAGAUAUGUUUCAAGAGGUCGGGUUCUUCUCUAUGAGGUUUGACAUGGUUAUGGAAGCUCAGAAGGCUGGUGCAGCAGUGCAUCCUAAAUUCGUUAAAUUCCUGAACGUUAUCCUUAAGCACGUUGUAGACUGCGUCGCUCUGUACGUCAAAAUAUUCCUGGACGCGGGGAAGUCGAAAGGCUUCAACAAUGUUGGCGAAGUUACAAAGAUGUUUUUUGACGCAAUGGGAGGAAAUGACCAGGGAGUGGGAGCGCAUCUGACACUGUUACGAGACCUUUUAGAAAAAGAAAGUAGACUGUCCACUGCGUUGGUACUGUCAACAGUCCUCCAAAUCCACAAAAACGUCCUCACGGUUCACGAAAACGUCGACACUGUCAUGCAUACCAUGUUGGAACCAAGCAAGAUUGGAAAGCUGAAGGAGUGGCUCCACAUCGACAGCGAGCCCUGGACUUCUCGCCAUCGCGCAUGCGCUGACCACCGUGUGCGCAAUACAAGAGAGUGGCUGGUGCGGCAUCGUCUUUUCAAGGCUUGGGUUCUCCCUGGAAACGAAUUGCAAGUCCUUGCGCUUGAGGCUGCUUCCAGUACUGGCAAGACGUAUCUUGCUAUCGCUGCAAUCGACCACCUCCAGAGACGUCAUAGAAACGACCAAACGUCCACAGCUGUAGCUUACUAUCUGUUCGACCGUACAGUCGCCCUAUCAACUAUCGGAAACGUCGUACGGGCAGUCUUGUUCCAGCUCUGUGUCCAGAACGUCCAAUUCUUCAAGCUUGCCCAACCAAUAUUGGAGGUUCCGGAAGAGAACAUUAAGGGCGAAGAUUUGUGGGGCAAAAUUGUUCAGGAGGUAAUGCGGAAGAUGCCGGAAUUGACUUGCUAUAUCGUUCUUGACGGCUUAGACCUCUUGGACGAGAAGGAAUAUGAGAGUUUGCGCGAUGUAUUGCGACACUCUGGCCCGGCAAGCUCAGGAAUGCGCUUCCUACUCACAGGUAACAGCAUCUGGUUAAGCACCGUCACUGAGCACGCUUCCAUCGCAACUUCCAGACUAUCUCUCGAUAAAGGGUAUCUCAAUUCAGAGGACAUUGCACUAGUCGCGAAGGACUCUCUUUCGAGAUGCGCUCUGUUCACACAAGCACUUGAGAACGACGACUACAAAGCGGACGUCAGCGAGCGACUCGUCAAGAAGGUUCUAGGCGAUUACUAUAUGCUGUCCUGGUAUAUCUCAAACAUGCGCCGUGCAUCAUCACGGUCCGAAGUUGAGCGAGUCAUGAAUAGAAACUAUCAGUCUCACCAAGGUGUUGUUUUGCACGAUCUAUCCCAUCUUGCGAAGCGACUACCAACGCACGAUUUGCUGCAGCUGAAAGAAACCAUUCAUUUGCUAGCGGUCUUGCGCCAUCUGGAAAUGCCGAUGCCGCGCUUAGCGAUCGUUCAAGAUUUUGUCGCACGAGAUGAGGGCUCUCCCACUAUGGUAGAAUCGACCAUCGAAUCGGCUUACUCUUGCCUGCUGACGAUAGAUCAUCACAACCAUCUCGAUUUUGCCGCAAUCGAGAUUGAUAAGUACCUGCUGGUCGAUCCUCGCAAUUCUUUAGUCGCGCAUGCCCUCUUACCAAAUGGCAGCCUCGCUCAACUGCAAGCAAUGCAACUGGUUUUGACUGAAACUUUCAGUUCGGAUGCUCUGAAUGCACAUGGAUUCAAUAAAGAGUUCUUCGAGUCCAAGAAAAAACAGAAUUUGGUACUUUCGCAAUUCAUUGUUGAUUGGGACACCGCGAUGACAAACACAGCGGUGCGCAUGAUUGAGAGUUUAGGAAACUUGAUGAAGAAUGCCAACGGUCACCGAACCGAACAGACAGCCACUUUGUCUGCAUUAGCUCGUGAUCUGCUGCCAAAGAUCCUCUUUCAGCUUCGAACAGUCAAGCUGAAUGACGAUGUGGCAGUAAAUCUAGGCAUGAGCCUCGCAACACUUUUUCUCAAACACGACAUGUUGAACAUCUUCCUGCCUGUCGAGGCACAAAAGCAGACAAAUGACACCUGGGGCGCAGACAAGGGAUAUUUUGAGGCAGUGUUCAAGUGUAUGAAGGUUUGGCUGUUUUAA